CCGCCGAUGUCAGGCCGAGGUGAUAAAAGGGAGGUCCCGGGCCGGUGGCUCCGAUGAUCCGGCGGACGGUCGGUAACGCGAAUUGGGCUGUGCACAAUCCGGAUUUGAUGGAGACACCCAUGAGAAGCGCAAAGGAACGUCUGGAGUAACUUCCGAAAUGCCUGCUUCACUGCCGCUGCUACUGUGCAAUCGAGAAUCUCCAGAGACGAAGGCGCCAAAUCCUCGGCUUUACAUAUCGCCUGUUGCCAGGGCCGGGGUCGAAGCGCUCGGCAGAGAUGGUGCUCGGUGUCGAAUAGGUGGUUGGAGGCUCGGAGUUUUUUCGGAUGGACUUGGAGUCGGACUGUGGUCGGAUGCUUCCAGAAUGCUGCACUGGCAAGUUGGCGGCGCUGGAGGUUUACCCUCUGCGUGAGAUGAUGGGACUUUCGAGAGACUUUGAGACUUUUACUUUGCCAUGAUUUUAUCUUUUGAAGAUGCAUGGUGAAUUGUCUGUGCAGCCGUUGGAUGAAAUGGUCCCAUUGUGACUUACCAAAUCCUAGAUCAUAUAUUUUGCCAUUCGGUUUGCUGAAAUACUGAUGUCCUGAAUGAAUCCAGCUAUCUGAAGGUUAAUGAAAGCAAUGUCACAUCAAACAGGAGCAGCAGCUCAUAACUUGGAUGUAAAACCCAAGGAUGGCCAGGGGAAAAAUAUUGAUCGUAGGGAUGGUUAUGCUUGGAGUGGCAAGAAACGUUCACGCACUUCCAAGAUAGAUACUAGUUCAGAUGGUGAGGUUGGGGAUGUUGCUGGCAUAUUGUCGAUAACUCCGAGAAGGGAGAGGAAAUGGAGUUCCCCUGUGCCUGAUCUGGAUCUUGAAGAUUCAUGUUCUCGCAAGCUUUCUAGUCGAUCACUGAAGCAAAAGAUACAAGAUGCAGUUGCUCAGUGUUUUCCCCUUAAGGCGAAUAAUCAUAAAAACUCUGUAGCUUUAAUUUCAAAAAGUAAAAUCCACAUUAAUGAUCUAGUCAAUAGUUGUCCGUUUCCAGCUGGAAUGGAGCUGGCUGAAAAAUGGGACUUAAUUAAUUGGCAUACAAUUCCAUUAACUCAAAACUGUGACAUUUGGGAAGGCUCAGCAGUAGGAUUUGGUGAAGAAGAGCCGGGAGAAGGAUGCAGAAUGAGUGUUGAACUGGAGGUGAAUCCAUCAGAUACACAGAUUCACAACCUGGAAGUGAUUUCUCGGAUUAAUGCAUUACACGGACAAGACUCUGAGGUGGAGUCUGGAAUAACUGAAUUAGCAGGUGACAGUGGUAUUACAUUUCCGUCAAAUGAUUCAGACUCUGACGAGGAGCUGAUGGCUCUUUUCACAGACACUGAAAGUCAGGCAAAUACCAAGCUGGAUUUUGAGAAUGAGUGCAAUUGGCUAACACCAUUUCAUAAAUGCCAGGCUCAGUUCGGCUUCACCUACUGCUUAGUCCCAGAUCUAUUUCGGAUCAGUAAUAAUCCGUGUUACUGGGGUGUAAUGGAUAGAUAUGGAGCUGAGGCUCUGUUAGAAGGUAAACCAGAAGGUACGUACUUGCUGAGGGACUCUGCUCAGGAGGAUUAUCUCUUCUCUGUCAGCUUCAGACGUUACAGCCGCUCUCUUCAUGCUAGAAUUGAACAGUGGAAUCAUAACUUCAGUUUUGAUGCUCAUGAUCCCUGUGUUUUUCAUGCACCAAGUGUAACAGGCCUCUUAGAACAUUACAGCGACCCAAACUCAUGUAUGUUCUUUGAGCCACUGUUGUCGCUUCCACUAAACAGGACUUUUCCAUUUUCACUUCAGCAUCUUUGCAGAGCUGUCAUUUGCAGCCACACAACCUAUGACGGUAUUGGUGCUCUUCCUGUACCACCAUCAAUGAAAACCUACCUGAAGGAGUAUCACUAUAAACAAAAAAUAAAAGUACUUAAGAUAAGUACACAACAAUGGCAUAGUGGAUUGAAAGGAAACUAUUGAAGGUUACAAGAAAGAUUAAGAAGGAUCACCAGGAGCUUCUCUCCACCAUUAAAAAAAACUUGGAACAGUUUUAAAUAGGAGAUUACUGGUAAUAAUUUUCUCCCAUCAGAAAUUUUGUUUGAAGACUGUUAACUUCCAUUCUUUAUUCAUGUGCUUGUUAUUUUUUCCAUCUCAACAGUGCAAUGAAACAUAAUGUACCUUGUCUGAUCUGACAAAUCAUUUGUGCUUAUCUUCUACAGUCCAUGACAUUUUGGCGUUUUUGCCAGUAAUAUAUUCUAGUGUCAUGUUGGAAUGCAGUUUCAAGACAAUGAAUUUGUUUCUGAAGCCAUGACCAUCACGCUAAAGUGUACGUUUAGAAGUUCACGAAAAUGUUGGCAUGUGUAUCAAUUUUAUUUGCACUUUAAAAGACGUUCAUAUAUCUAAUUUUCUAAGUUAUCUGAUGCUUUAAGUAUGUGACAUACACUAUUGCAAUGUAAUUUUUAAAUUAAUUUUGAGUAAAACCUCUGAGAGAAAUAUUGUUCUUAUGUUUUGUAUUGAAUUAUGCAACUUGUAAGUCAAGUAUUAGUAUAUCCAACAUUGACAAGUAUCCAUCUUUAUGUUGUAAUCCCCAAACAGUCCAACAAAUGGUUAGGGAAGCAACUUUCUAAAUGAGAAGGAUUAGAGGAUACUUGACGAGGACACCCUUCAGUUUUUAGACAUUCAGGCAGAGCUCCAGAAGAUG